GGUACUAGAAAGGCAGAAUUGUUGAACGAGCAAUACCAAUCUCCACACCUCAAGGUCUGUUUGUUCGUUUCUAUUUUCUUUGUUGCUUACACCUAUGGGAUCGAAUCUACUUUGAGAGGAAAUAUUCAAGCAUAUGCCACUAGUUCAUACACGCAACACUCUUUGUUGUCCACUGUUAACGUUAUCAAAUCAGUUGUUGCUGCUGCCUCUCAACCAAUGUAUGCUAGGUUGUCAGAUAAGUUCGGCAGAUUGGAGUUGAUGUUGGUCUCGAUUGUUUUCUACAUUGUUGGAACUGUGAUUCAAUCUCAAGCAUUCGAUAUUAACAGAUUUGCUGGAGGUUCUGUGUUGUACCAAGUUGGAUUUUCUGGAGUCAUGAUAAUGUUACAAAUUAUAUUGGCCGACUUCUCAAACUUGAAUUGGAGAUUAGUUUGUUCAUUUGUACCUGCUCUACCUUUCAUUAUCAACACAUGGGUUGCAGCAGAAGUGCAAGCAAGUUUAUUAGCCAACCAUUCUUGGAAUUUUGCAAUUGGAAUCUGGGCUUUCAUUUUCCCACUCUCAUGCGUUCCUUUACUUUUGUGCUUUAUUCAUAUGAUAUGGAAGGCACGUAAGACAGAUGAAUGGCAACGGUUGAAGGAAGAAAGAACAAAGACACCAUUCAUCCAGAAGGCAGUCGAAUUAUUCUGGGAAUUGGAUGUAGUGGGCAUUGUUCUCCUUGUUUGUGUUUUUGGGUUUAUUUUGGUUCCUUUUACAAUUGCAGGAGGAGUCACAGACAAAUGGAAAGAAGCUUCUACCUUGGCCCCUUUGAUUAUCGGAUUUGCUCUUCUUCCUGUUUUCGUAUGGUGGGAAUACAAAUAUGCCAAGUUUCCUAUUUCUCCUUUCCCGUUAUUGAAAGAUCGCGGAGUUUGGUCAGCUCUUAUUAUUGCUAUCCUAAUUGAUUGGGUGUGGUACAUGCCAAAUGAUUUUAUGUACACUGUCCUUAUUGUUGGUAUGAGAGCUAGUGUCAAAGCUGCUACUAGAAUUUCUUCCUUGUAUUCAUUCGUCUCUGUCAUUGUUGGCCCUCUAUUAGGUCUCUUGGUCGUAAGGGUUAGAAGGUUAAAGGGCUUUAUUAUAUUUGGCACAAUUUGCUGGAUUAUUUCCUUGGGGUUAUUGGUACAUUUCAGGGGUUCAAAUGAUGGUCUUGAAAGUGAAAAGUACUUGGAUGGAGUUAUUGGGUCUUUGUGUCUCUUAGGUUUUGGUGCUGGGUUCUUCACUUAUUCAACUCAAGUAUCAAUUGAAACCGUUACCAACCAUGAAUACAUGAGUAUUGUACUUUCACUUUAUUUAUCCAGUUACAAUAUCGGUGCUGCUAUUGGUGCUUCUGUCAGUGGUGCCGUUUGGACAAAUGAAAUGUACAAAGCUAUUGCAGCCAAUUUCGAAGAGGCAGGUUUUGAUAGUGAACUUGCGGCCCUCGCUUAUGGAUCCCCAUUUGAAUUCAUUAAAGAAUAUACAUGGGGAACACCAGAAAGAAUUGCUGUGGUCUUGGCUUAUGCCAAAGUUCAGAGAUAUUUAUGUAUUUCUGGUCUCGUGUUGUGUUUCCCAUUGCUUAUGGCAACAUUUUUCUUGAGAGACCACAGAUUAGACUCUGUUCAAUCUCUAGAAUUGGACAAUGAUCAC